UUCCUGCCCUGUCGAACACACAUAUUGUUCUUAAUAAGUUAACUGGACGGGACACACAUGCUGCACCUUGUUGCUGUACCCACCUCAGCGCACGUACUGCACACUUGCACAACCUGACUUAAACCCUUCACAUGAAUAUCGGAAAGGAUGCACUUCAUAGAUGUGCAAUAUUUUGUUGGCAAGAAUGCCGUGGCACUGGCCUUAAACGGAUCAAACCAUUUCGCGCAACCGCAACAUCACUCCUCGACAGCGAAAGCAAACCACUAAUCAUGAAGCCCAUGGAUUUUUGGCGGUAACACUUUUGCGAAGCUCCUGCUGGCACAACCUAUUGGUGAAGGAGGAAGCUAAAUCUGUCUCCUCCUCACCCUCCUUCGAUGUAGCCAGAACAAGGAAAAAAAAAACACGACCGCGAGAACGGGACAUGCAAGAAAUCAAACAGCCGCUAUGGCUGUAACCCCCGCCCUCACUACGUCGCGAUAAACUCCCGCAUGUCUGCCUGGCGAGCCCGCUUUGCGGUAUGCGCUGCGAUCAUCGCCAUCCUCGCUUUCGACAGGUGGUACACGGCGUCUCCGUUGCCACUCUCCUAAUCUGCCGCCUCUAGGUACCCGAAGUGAGACGACAGUUCAGCGUAAUCCGGUGGGGCACGCCGCCCGCGGCCCGCGUUUUCAUCGUCGCUAUUCCUCUCCUCUUCGUCCAGCCUCGUUCUCCACCUUAUCCCGCUCGGCCUUCACUCUGCGGAUCAACCGUUCCGAGCACCCGAAGCGGUCUGCUAUCUCUCCUUGAGGGAGCUUC